AUGCAUUCAAGGCCUAAUCGCUGCAUCCUCCCGCGGAUGCGGUGGUGGAUGCGGCGGCAGUGCUUUCGCGAGCUGCUGCUGCUCGUGCUCGUGCUGUCCGCGAGCAGCGGCGCGCGCGGCGUGCGGUUCACUUUGGACCGGAAGGAGUGUCUGACGGAAUACGUCAACUGGGUGGGUGACGUCGUUCACGGCAACUUCGUCGUCGUUAGCGCCGACGCGUGGGGCGACUGGGAGCAGAACGGCGUUGACCUGGUGAUCAGCGACCCGGACGGGUACACGGCGUUCUCCACGGAGGCGCAGACGCAGGGCAAGUUCGAGUUCAUGUCGCAGCGCGAGGGCGACUACCGCUUCUGCUUCUCCAACAAGUCGCCGGUGUUUGAGACGGUGUCACUGGAGGUGUUUGUGGGCCACCAGGUGCAGCCCCACGAGAUCGCCACCGACGAGCACAUACUGCCCAUAGUGACCAAGCUCUCAGGGCUGCACAACCACAUCACCAGUGUGUACUUCGAGGCCAAGUGGUUCCACGCGCAGGCAGAGCGCCAGAACCAGCUGGCGCAGGCCACGACGCGCAAGCUGGUGGUGAAGACGGCCGUGCAGUCACUCGCCCUCAUCACCUGCUCCUUCCUGCAGGCACGCCCCCUCCCACCCCCCUCACAUGCUCCACCCCCCUGCAUUUCCCUCCACUAUGCACGCACGGCACGGCACGGGGGCAGCAUGGUGAAGGGCAAGAAGAUUCUCUUCAUCGUGGGCGACUACGUCGAGGACUACGAGGUGAUGGUGCCGUUCCAGGCGCUGAUGGCGUUCGGCUGCAACGUGGACGCCGUGUGUCCGGGCAAGAAGGAGGGCGACGUCUGUCGCACCGCCGUGCACGACUUCGUCGGCGAUCAGACGUACGCGGAGUCGCGGGGGCACAACUUCGUGCUGAACGCCACGUUCGACGAGGCGCGCUGCGACGCGUACGACGCGCUGGUGGUGCCGGGCGGGCGCGCGCCCGAGUACCUGUCCGUGGACGGCCGCGUCACGGCGCUGGUGCGCGAGUUCCACGCCUCCCGCAAGCCCAUCGCCUCCAUCUGCCACGGCCAGCUCGUGCUGGCCGCCGCUGACGUGCUCAAGGGCAGCAAGUGCACGGCGUACCCGGCAGUGAAGCCGGUGGUGGAGCUGGCGGGCGGGCAGUGGGUGGACGCGGACCCCAUCUCCGCCUGCCUCUACGACGACCAGCACAACCUGAUAACGGGGGCGGCAUGGCCGGGCCACCAGGAGUUCCUGUCGCUGCUGCUGCUGGCGCUGGGCGCCAAGGUGCACGGCAGCGACAAGCGCGUGCUCAUGCUGGCAGGGGACUUCAUGGAGGACUACGAGGCCAUGGUGCCCAUGCAGGCGCUGCAGGCGCUGGGGUACCGCGUGGACGCCGUGUGCCCUGACAGGCGUGCAGGGGACGUGUGCAAGACGGCCGUGCACGACUUUGAGGGCGACCAGACGUACACGGAGAAGCCGGGGCACAACUUUGCCGUCACGGCGGACUUUGACUCUGUCAGGGUGGACGACUACGACGCCCUGCUGCUGCCGGGGGGGCGCGCACCCGAGUACCUGGCGCUGAAUGCGCGCGUGCUGGAGGUGGUGCAGCAGUUUCAUGCCGCCCGCAAGCCCAUCGCCUCUGUGUGCCACGGCCAGCAGAUCCUCGCUGCUGCGGGCGUGCUCAAGGGCAUGCGGUGCACGGCAUACCCGGCAGUGAAGCCAAUGGUGGUGCUGGCGGGUGGUGAGUGGCAGGAGCCGGACCCCAUCUCGCGGUGCUUCCAGGACGGGCACCUCAUCACGGGUGCCGCAUGGCCCGCCCACCCCGAGCUCAUCAGCCUGCUCAUGGCCGCCCUUGGCACCACCGUCACUGCUUGA